AUGAGACGAUGGUUUACUACUUCUUCGUUGAAGAAUUCUAAUACUUUCGAGCUGGUGGUAUCUAGACUAUGUGUAAAAAUAGAUGAGAUACAAAAAGGUAAUCCGAAGUAUUUAAUUACUGCAACUGAUUCAUUAAUUGUUAAGCAUCAAGAAACGCUUGUUGGCCAUUUUAACAUAGACGCUACUUUAAAUGACACUAAAAAGGCACAAUGCAUUUGGAACCAUCUUGUUAGCUAUAACGAUAUGGAUUUGGAAGUACAGAAGCUUAGGGAAAAAAUAUUGAAAGAAAGAGAAGCAGCUCCGCCAGACAACUUGUACCACAACUUCCUCAAGGCGCUAUAUCCAUUGCGGAGUAAAUCGGCACUGCAAUUGAGGGCAGCUCAUAAAAAUUACGACCUUUUUGAGAACGAUGUGAAAUACUCCUUGGUCAACCACAAGUUGUUAUAUAAAAGAUACUGCGAAUUGCAGAACCCAUAUCAUUUUAACAUCAAACCAGACCAUCUAGAAGACUUCUUGGAACGUUUCUUGAAGAAAAGAGACUUUGUCAAGCCCAGUGCGCUUUCAUUAAUGAGCAAAAUGGCACCGAAGACGACUGUAACUUCAUUCAACCAAAUGUUAAAUAUUAGAUCCGAUUAUGUUAAGAUGUGCAGUAAAAUUUUUGAGGAUAUGCGUCGCUUUGGCUUACCGUUGACGCCAACUGAGCAGCGGAAGCUAAUUUUCUUCAGUUUUUUCAAAGACAGGAACGAAAUAGUAAAGAAAACAAAAUUGGCGAUGGAACAGCUAAGUGACGCUGAUGGCAACCAUAUUAAACUUUUAGGGUAUAGCAGGUUCAAUUUUGAAGCUUACAAUCUGAUCAUUGGUCUGUUUGAUUCAAGGGCUUUAGACAUAAACAUGUUUAAUACACUUCUAUUGCAUUCAAUUAGUCAUGAGCAGUGGCAGGUAUUUGUCGACAUUAUAGAGAAAAUUGGCCUCGACCACAUAAUAAAUGAUGGCCCACUGAACGAGAAAAGCUUAGCUAAUGGGCGCACAUAUGAAAUUCUAAUAGAUUUGUUCUCUUCUGAAAAGAAUAUGGAGAGCUUAAAGAUUUCAAAAGUUUUUGCAUUAACAAGGAUAAUCGAUAGUUUCGUGAAUUCGGCUGUGCCAAUCGAAAUUGGCUUAAUAAAUAAGAUUGCUAGUGCUUUAAUAAGCUAUGGACGUAUUGAACUUACUGAGCAUUUGUAUUCCAAAAUAUUUUCGAACCCGGUUGACCCUGAAGUGAAUGAGGUACUUACUUAUAAAGGCUUGACCGUAGAGGAUAAGGCUAUUUAUAAAAAAUACACUAGAGCAUAUGAAAAGUUGAAAAACAUAAUAAAUGAAUGUGAAAGUUAUAAGUUGCUUCCAAAUGAAGAAACGUUUACAAUAUUAAUAUCAUUCUACUGCUCCGGUCAUUCUGAUGAGAAAUCAUUUAGAAAAAUUUGUAAUUUGAUAUACAUCAUGGAAGAAAAAUAUGAUCUUCCCAUCACUACUAGAAUAUUCAAAAUUAUAUUUGAUAAAUUUAUACAAGCCAGAUAUAGUGGGUCUUCUAACAUAUGGUCCUUGGAUGGUUUAAUCUCGAUUACUGCCAAAUUGGUUGAAUGCCAUGAGAAGUUGGACAAUAUAAGUUGUGAAGUCCAAUUCACCGAUCAAUUGAAUAAUCUAGAAUUGUCAGAACCAUGGAAAGACUUCUUGCAAGCAUUCUUGAAGGAACGAAGAGCAUCAAAUGUUCCAAUACACAAAGGCAACUUUUUAAAAUUACAUGACGAUUUGGUGAAUAAAGUGUUUUUAGCCUUUGUUAAUGUAGCAAAGCAAGAGCCGGAUAUUGACGAAGAAGAUAGGUUCAAGUUGUUGCAAUCGAUGCAAAAGCUAUACUCAGACUUAUUACACCAAUUGCAAGAUAUCAGAGGCAUUAAUGCAAGAUUUUAUGAUAAUGAACCAAACUUAAAGAAUAUUUCUCAAAUUGAUGAGGUCAAUUACGUUAAAAAGCUCUUUUUGCUCGAUAUAAUAGAUGUUUCAUUGGAAAAUUAG